AGAGGAAUUAAUGUUUCACUGAGUGCUUGUGGGUAACGAUGUUCUGGGUUGUUCAGAGGACUGAAUGUAUGUGACGGGUGAAGACACCGAAUAGAAGUUCUCGGUGAGCCUAUUUCAAUGAAGAAACUUGACAUUUACAGCGACAAAAUCCACGAGUCAUGCUAGCGGAGUUCAGGAGUUUGAGAUCCGACGAUUUGGAACAGCGCGCCUAACCUGGGAUCUGGAUGAGUCCGUUUUAACUGGGAGAUUCUGUCGGCAUUUGAGUAGGAAGACGCUCUUUAAUGUCGAAUAAUAUGCAGCGAAAACUCUGGCAAUAAAUUAUUAACCAAUUCAUACCGUCAAAACAACGCUUGUUCAGCUUAGUUAUCAGUUUAUCGUUCAGCCAACCAGCAGCAAAAUAGCGAGCGCUGCCCUACGGUGUUAAAGGGACACCGCAGGUAUUGACCAAGUUGUUGUGACAUUUAAAGUUACCGUCACAUGCCAUUGUCGGACCUGGACUGACGAAAUUGCCAUCAUGUCGUCCGGAGCGGAGAAGAGGCUGGACACCCGGCUGAAAAAGUUGGAAUCGCUGAUCAGAGACCCGAAGUCGGCAUUAAACUUGGAGAUUUUACUGGAUUCCAUGAAUGCCUUGGCCCUGGAUUUGGACUACCCGGCGCUACGGAAAAACAAAAACAUAGAUGCCUUCUUAAACAGAUAUGAGAAGGCCAUGGUUAAGAUGCGGGACCUGCAGUUGAAACCGGAGGACUUUGACAAGGUCAAGAUGAUCGGCAGAGGAGCCUAUGGAGUGGUGCAACUGGUCCGUCACAAGGCGUCUCAGAAGGUGUACGCCAUGAAACAGCUCAGCAAGUUUGAGAUGAUCAAACGCUCUGACUCCGCCUUCUUCUGGGAGGAGAGAGACAUCAUGGCCUUCUCCAACAGCCCCUGGGUCGUCCAGCUGUGCUGUGCUUUCCAAGACGACCACCACCUCUACAUGGUGAUGGAGUAUAUGCCUGGUGGAGAUCUGGUCACCCUGACCAUGAACUACGACAUGCCAGAGAAGUGGGUCCGUUUCUACACUGCCGAGGUGGUGCUGGCUCUAGAUGCCAUUCACUCCAUGGGUUUCAUCCACCGCGAUGUGAAACCGGACAACAUACUACUGGACCAAAAUGGCCACCUCAAGCUGGCUGACUUUGGCACCUGCAUGAAGAUGGACUCUACGGGCAUGGUCCACUGUGACACAGCGGUGGGGACUCCGGACUACAUCUCCCCUGAGGUGCUCAAGUCCCAGGGGGGGGAUGGCAACUACGGCCGCGAGUGUGACUGGUGGUCCGUGGGGGUGUUCAUCUUUGAGAUGCUGGUCGGCGAAACCCCAUUUUAUGCCGAGUCACUAGUAGGAACCUAUGGGAAGAUCAUGGAUCACAAGAAUAACCUCAACUUCCCUGAUGAUGUGCAGAUGUCCAAUGAUGCCAAGGACCUCAUCUGUGCCUUCCUGUCUGACAGGGAGGUGCGUCUGGGGAGGAACGGCGUGGAGGAGAUCAAGAGACACCCCUUCUUCACGAACGACCAGUGGACCUUCAACACCAUCCGAGAGACCGUGGCCCCAGUAGUGCCGGAGUUGAGCAGUGACAUAGACACCAGUAACUUUGACGAGAUCGAGGAUGAAAAGGGCGACGUGGAGGCCUUUCCCACACCAAAGGCCUUUGUGGGCAACCAGCUGCCAUUUGUGGGUUUCACCUACUUCAAAGAAGACCAAUUGCUAAGCGGUGUGAAUAAAGUGAUCUCUGUGGAGGAAUCUGAGGACUGUGUGGAUAGCUGUGAGGAAAAACAGGACGGCAUCAAAGGAGAGUCAGAUCAGCUGCAGAAGAAGUUCCAUUGUCUUGAGGAGCAGCUCAACCAUGAGAUGCAGGCCAAAGACCACCUGGAAAACAAAUACAAGACUACCACUAGUCAUCUAGAGAAGCUGGUCAAAGAACUGGAGGAAGAGAUGAGCAGCAGGCAGAGAGUGGAGUCUUCUCUGAGGCAGCUGGAGAGAGAGAGGGCCCUGCUGCAGUACCAGAGUGCAGAGAACCUCCGCAAGGUGGAGCUGGAGGCGGACAGGAAACGCAGCCUGGAGAACGACCUGAACAGCCUGCGGGACCAGCUGGAAGAGCUGAAGAGGAGGAACCAGACCUCUCAGAUGUCCAGUGACAAGAACAUCCACCUGCAGAGACAGCUGGAUGAGGCGACAGCGGUGCUGGCAGAGGAGCAGGAGGCGGCAGGGCGACUGCGGAGGAGCCAGGUGGAGGCCCAGAAGCAUGCCCAGGCCCUGGAGCUCAGCCUCAGGGAGAUGGUGGACAAGUGCACCCAGCUGGAGAACGCCAAGAUGGGCAUAGAGCAGCAGCUGAUGAGCCUUCAGGCCGACCUGGAGGCCGAGAGGAGGAACCACAGUCUGGGGACAGAGACUAUAGUUGACCUGCAGGGACAUAUCCUGGGCCUGGAGGAGGAGGUGAAGCAGAUGAAGGGUUUUCUCUCUGGAACACAGACAGAGAAGAGGCAGCUGCAGCAGAGACUCACUGACAUGGAGAAGGAGAAGAGCAACCAGGAGAUUGACCUGACGUUCAAGCUCAAGUCGUUGCAACAGAGUUUUGACAUAGAGGAGGCCGAGCACAAGGCCACCAAGACACGCCUUGCUGACAAGAACCAGGUCUAUAAGUCCAUUGAGGAGGCCAAGUCUGAGGCCCUGAAAGGGAUGGAGCGGACGCUGCAGGAGGAGCGGAGCUCCAAGCUGCAGCUGGAGUCCAGACUGCUGCAGCUGGAGAAGGAGCACUCCAUGCUGGACUGUGACUACAAGCAGGCCCAACAAAAAGUGGAUGAGCUGAACACGCACAAGGACAAACUCGCCGAGGAGGUGAAGAACCUGAGCCUGGGCAUGGAGCAGGAGGAGCAGAAGCGCAGGCUGAGCAAGAACGACCUGAAGGCCCAGACCCAGCAGGUGACCGCCCUGCGUUCCUCAGAGAAGCAGCUGAAGCAGGAGCUCAACCACCUGCUAGACAUGAAGCAGAGCCUGGAGAAACAGAACCAGGAGCUACGCAGGGAGAGACAGGAGGCUGAAGGACAGCUGAAGGAGUUGAAGGACCAGCUGGAGGCGGAGCAGUAUUUCACGACCCUGUACAAGACCCAGAACCGGGAGCUGAAGGAGGAGUGUGACGAGAGGAACAAGCUGUAUAAGGACAUUCAGCAGAGACUGGAGGAGUACCAGGAGGAGAGGGAUUCCCUGGCGGCCCAGCUGGAGGUGAGCCUGACCAAGGCGGACUCGGAGCAGCUGGCGCGCUCCAUCGCCGAAGAGCAGUACUCCGACCUGGAGAAGGAGAAGAUCAUGAAGGAGCUGGAGGUGAAGGACAUGAUGGCCAGACACAGGCAGGAGCUAGGAGACAAGGAGGCUACCAUUGGCUCGCUGGAGGAGUCCAACCGCACCCUGACAGUGGACGUGGCCAACCUGGCCAAUGAGAAGGAGGAGCUCAAUAACCAACUGAAGGAGAUGCAGCAACAGCUGCAGAAGGCCAGAGAGGAGGAGAGACAGAUGAACUGUGUAAAGAUGUCCUUCGAGAAGCAGCUGCAGACGGAGAGAACGCUCAAGAUUCAGGCGAUCAACAAGCUGUCCGAGAUCAUGAACCGCAGGGAGACGUUGCGUACCGGUCACAACCGCGACGACACGCUGGACGUGCGCAGGAAGGAGAAGGAGAACAGGAAGCUGCAGCUGGAGCUGAGGUCAGAGAAGGAGAAACUCAACUCCACCAUCAUCAAGUACCAGAAAGAGAUCAACGACAUGCAGGCGGUGAUAUUGGACGAGAGCCAGGUGCACAUGGAGCUGCAGAUGGCCUUGGACAGUAAGGACAGUGACAUCGAGCAGCUGCGUUGUCAGCUAAUCUCUCUGAGCGUCACCUCCAUGGACUCCACCAGUAUCAGCAGUGGUAACGACCUGGACAUGGACGACAGUGGUUACCCAGUGCACAUCACUCACUCCCAGACCUCUGAGUCCAUGUCCUUCCACUACCAGCGCACGCAGAAAUCUGUCAGCGUUGCGACCCGGCCCUCCUUCAGAGUAUCUCACCCUCUCUUUGAGGAGGAGGAGGAAGAAGAGUAUGAAGGAAAUGACGGGCUGUUAGAACAUGGCUGCCAACCUUUGGCCCUCACCUAUGAGCAGCCGCCCCCAGAGCCUGACCGCAGUGGUGCAGAUACCAGGCUGGAGGGCUGGCUGUCACUUCCUGCCAAGAAUACCAAGAGGUUUGGAUGGGAUAGAAAGUAUGUGGUAGUGAGCAGUAAGAAGAUUCUGUUCUACAACAGUGAGAUGGACCGAGAGCAGUCCAACCCCUUCAUGAUCCUAGACAUCGAUAAGCUGUUCCACAUCCGACCGGUCACUCAGACAGACGUGUACCGCGCUGACGUCAAAGAAAUCCCCCGGAUAUUCCAGAUUCUGUACGCCAACGAGGGUGAGAGCAAGCGGGAGCAGGAGUUUGCGGUGGAUCCCCUGACGCUGACAGGCGAGCGCUCGUCCUUCGUCAGGCACAAGGGUCACGAGUUCAUCCCCACGUUCUACCACCUGCCGUCGAGCUGCGAGGCGUGCACGCGGCCCCUGUGGAACGUGUUCAAGCCGCCGCCUGCGCUGGAGUGCCGUCGCUGCCACACCAAGUGCCAUAAGGACCACCUAGACCGGAAGGAGGAGGUCAUCGCCCCCUGCAGGGUAAACUAUGACAUGUCCACUGCCAAAGACCUACUCCUAUUGGCCGGCUCUCAGACAGAGCAGAAGAGAUGGGUCAGCCAGCUAAUCAAACGCAUCCCCCGGAAACACCCCACCCCUAGCCCCGCCCCCACUGCAGCCUCCGCUGCCCAAGCCCCCGAGCCACCCUCUCGCUCCUCCCCACAAGCCUCACCACAAGCCUCCCCCCGCAACAUCCCACAACGCUCCCCCCCCCGCAACUCCCCAAGCCUUUCCUACCGUGGAGCCAUCAAGGUCCAGCCCAGCCGCCAGAAGACUCAGCUUGAAGGGAAGCCCAGAUUGCUUGUUGAUUUUGAAAGCCUGAAGGACUGGAGUUGGUCGUUGGAGGAUGUCGAUGAUGAUGAUGAUGAUGAUGAUGAUAUGUUCGGCUUCUGAGGAAGUGAGGGGUAACUUCAGCAGUGGCUGCUGGGAAAUUGAGUUUUUGUUGGAGGCGUUGAGUCCUGAUGCAUGUGUGGCUCCAUUGGUAAGAGCAUGGCGCCUCAGUCGUAGGUUCAAUUCUGGGAGGGAUAACAGACUAAAAAUGUAUGCACUCACUGUACUGUAAGUUGCUUUGGAUACAAUUGUCUACUAAAUGUCAUACCGGUAUUAUCACUGAUAUGCACGUUUUGUGUGAUUUCAAUAGGGGCAUUAUACAGAAUAGAUUGCCAGUAAUGGUUGGGUUGUGUAGAGCUUUCUGAUGGCAGUCACUGAGUUGGACAUUCACUGUUAUAUGAUAUCUGCUGUAGAACCCACCACAGUCAGUGUUCUGCUGUAGAACCCACCACAGUCAGUGUUCUGCUGUAGAACCCACCACAGUCAGUGUUCUGCUGUAGAACCCACCACAGUCAGUGUUCUGCUGUAGAACCCACCACAGUCGGUGUCCUGCUGAAGAACCCACCACAGUCAGUGUCCUGCUGUAGAACCCACCACAGUCGGUGUUCUGCUGUAGAACCCACCACAGUCGGUGUCCUGCUGUAGAACCCACCACAGUCGGUGUCCUGCUGUAGAACCCACCACAGUCGGUGUUCUGCUGUAGAACCCACCACAGUCGGUGUUCUGCUGUAGAACCCACCACAGUCGGUGUCCUGCUGUAGAACCCACCACAGUCGGUGUCCUGCUGUAGAACCCACCACAGUCGGUGUCCUGCUGUAGAACCCACCACAGUCGGUGUCCUGCUGUAGAACCCACCACAGUCGGUGUCCUGCUGUAGAACCCACCACAGUCGGUGUCCUGCUGUAGAACCCACCACAGUCGGUGUCCUGCUGUAGAACCCACCACAGUCGGUGUCCUGCUGUAGAACCCACCACAGUCGGUGUCCUGCUGUAGAACCCACCACAGUCGGUGUCCUGCUGUAGAACCCACCACAGUCGGUGUCCUGCUGUAGAACCCACCACAGUCGGUGUCCUGCUGUAGAACCCACCACAGUCGGUGUCCUGCUGUAGAACCCACCACAGUCGGUGUCCUGCUGUAGAACCCACCACAGUCGGUGUCCUGCUGUAGAACCCACCACAGUCGGUGUCCUGCUGUAGAACCCACCACAGUCGGUGUCCUGCUGUAGAACCCACCACAGUCGGUGUCCUGCUGUAGAACCCACCACAGUCGGUGUUCUGCUGUAGAACCCACCACAGUCAGUGUUAAUGUGUGUUUGAUUUGUCAGAGUUCUCAACAAAUCUUUGUUUAGUUGCAUGCUGUGUGCUGCUAGUUUGUGGUGUUGAUGGCUGGUGUUUAGUUAGCUGUUUGGUGUGUGUGUGGUGUUGAUGGCUGGUGUUUUGUUAGCUGUUUGGUGUUGAUGGCUGGUGUUUAGUUAGCUGUUUUGUAUGUGUUUUUACACGCACUCUUAUGUGAAUAAUCCGACUUCAUCUAGCAAAAUGCCAUAUGAAUUAAUUUAUUUUCUCUCUUCACAGUUUACCUCUAUGAUACAAAGAUGUGCUGACUCCUCUCACAUAAUGUGGACUUUGACUGGAGCCUGAACACAGUGGAACCUAUACAUCUACUUUGCCUUUUCAGAGACAAAGCAGUGUCUCAAAUGGGGCCCUAUUCCCUAUAUAGUGCACAACUUUUGACCAAGGCGCAUAGGGUUAUGGUCAAAAGUAGUUGCACUAUAUAGGGAAUAAGGUGCCAUUUUGGAUGCAACCAAAGACUGCAAAACGCCAUAUAUUUUAGGAAAGAGGGUCAGGUUAACGUUGCAUUCAUGUAAGGACUGCAGUCGGACUUGCAUAUGUCUCAGUAAACCAAAUGGUUUCACCUUCUGCCUUCUACAGUAUAGCCUGGUGCCAGAUCCGUUUGUGCCGUCUUGCCAACUCCAUUGCUGUGCUGUUGUCAUGCCAAUGGCAAGACAGCACAAACAGAUCUGGCACCAGGCUUCAUACACU